GUCAGUGCUAACUGUUGCUUGUGAACAAACAGAAGUCCUGCUGUUCGAUCCCAUCUCUUCAAAGCACAUCAAAACCCUUUCCACUGCUCAUGAGGAUUGUGUAAAUAAUAUCAGGUUUCUUGAUAACAGAUUGUUUGCAACAUGCUCUGAUGAUACCACCGUAGCACUAUGGGAUCUGAGGAAGCUAGAUUCAAAAGUGUGCACUUUACAUGGUCACACCAGCUGGGUGAAGAAUAUUGAAUAUGAUACUAACACAAGAUUGCUAGUAACAUCAGGAUUUGAUGGAAAUGUCAUCAUUUGGGAUACCAACAGGUGCACAGAAGACGGUUGUCCUCACAAGAAGUUCUUUCACACCCGCUUUCUCAUGCGCAUGAGAUUGACUCCAGACUGCUCCAAAAUGCUGAUCUCCACUUCUUCUGGGUAUCUUCUGAUCUUGCAUGAUCUCGACUUGACCAAAUCUUUAGAAGUUGUCAGUUAUCCCAUUCUGAGAGCCAGGAGAACCACAUCAAAUUCUGAUCUGGCAUCUGUCACUUCAUCUGGUCCUAGAAGUGCUGGGUCACCAGGACAUCAAGGAGAUUCAAGCCCACAUACUGAAAAACAUACGGUCCGAGUAACUCAGCGAGAAGGUGGAUCUCCACGUAAUAGUCUUGAGGUUUUAACCCCAGAGGUUCCCGGGGAGAGGGAUCGGGGAAACUGCAUUACAUCCCUGCAGCUCCAUCCCAAAGGAUGGGCUACCCUUCUUCGAUGUUCAAGUAACACUGAUGAUCAGGAGUGGACCUGUGUUUAUGAAUUCCAAGAAGGAGCACCAGUGCGGCCAGUUUCCCCUCGCUGUUCCCUCAGAUUGACUCAUUGCAUCGAAGAGGCCAAUGUUGGCCAGGGCUACAUUAAAGAACUCUGUUUCAGCCCAGAUGGUCGAAUGAUCUCCUCCCCACAUGGCUAUGGAAUCCGUUUGUUGGGGUUUGACACCCAGUGCAGCGAACUGAUUGACUGCUUGCCCAAAGAAGCCGCCCCCUUGCAGGAGAUCCGUUCACUCUACUCGCACGGCGACGUGGUUCUGACUACCAAGUUCUCCCCCACGCACUGUCAGAUUGCCUCUGGGUGCCUUAGUGGUCGUGUAUCUUUAUAUCAGCCAAAGUUCUAGGCUCCCCCUGGCCUUCAAAGGAACAUCUCUGUGUGUGUGUUUUUAAUUACUUCAGUUUAGUUGGAGUGUUUGCUUUUUUAAACAAGUCUUGUAAAUUUGGACAAGUACAGAGUUAAUAUUGGACUUAAAGCUGAUUCCAAGUCCAGUCCUUUAUGUGCUGUGACUGAAUUUGCACAUUAGACUUUUGUGUAUCUUUUUGCUCCUGAUAAUUCCAUCUCUAUUUAGAAGUAGCUUGGUAGCACCUGUAAACCUUGUUUUCUGUGUGUCUCUUCAUGCAAGAUUUUGGGUGGGCUUGAAAGGAGGGGAAACAACCAGCUAAAACGUGUCUGCUGCUUUGUAUCAAAGGAGUGGAGAUCAGCCCACUUGGAUUCUUUGAUUUCUGGAUUUUGCUGUAUAUUUUCUCCUAAGUAAUAGAGCACUUUCUUGCACAUUGGACUAAUUAUAGCCAGCAUUUACAUUAUUUUUUCGUGAACAACUAAAUAGACUGUUAUCAUUACUUUGUUGUAUUUUUCUGCUGUGGUUCAAUUUGUAGGCUGGUACUCUUUAAGAACUGUGCAGUGUUAUAUUAUCGCUCUGUGCUCCCACACACA